AACGUGGAAACGAAAAUAAAUAAAAAUAAUAGGGGUUGUCAACUAGAAUACGAUGUAACAAACAAUCCAAAAGGAGAAGGCAAGUGGAUUGAUUAUACCGGUUAUUGAUUUCGAUUUUCGAACAGACACUCGUUUGGCGAAUAAAUACGAAAAGUUGAAAAAAAAAUGAACAAGAAAGCUUUGUCCAUUUUGAUGCGCGCCAGAAUGAAGCCCAACGAUCGCACCAGCCUUUCGCUCUCUCCUCUCCCUCUAACUAACGCGGCGAGUCAAAUGCAGCAGCAGAAUUCCCGCCAAAACGACUCGCCAGGACAAGGAAAUUCAGCGCCGAAGGACUCCGGCGACACCGAGAGAGAAUUCAAGCGUGCCCGUGCCUCAAUGCACUCUGCAAUUUCAAUGAACAAAACGGAAGUUCUAGAUGACGUCCUUAAUAGCUUCUCGGAGGAUUAUUUUAGCCUUGCUCGUGAAAACCGUCGCAAGUUGCUCCUUGUCCUUGCUAGAGAGUAUGAUCUAAAUAGAUCACAAGUUCGUGAACUUAUAAAGCAGUAUCUUGGACUUGAACUUCCUGCAGACAAAGCACAAGUGAGUGGUUCUGAAGAAGAUGGUUUGUUUUCUUCUUUCUAUCGGAUUGAGCGGAGUUUGAGGCAUGCCCUCCAGCCAGUUUAUGAAGUUCUCUUUGAGCGUCUCAACACUCAUCCCGGAGGAUUGAGGUUCUUAUCCAUUAUUCGAGCAGAUAUCCUAUCUAUUCUCGCAGAGGAGAAUAUUGCAUCAUUGAGAGCAUUGGAUUCAUAUUUAAAAGAGAAACUUAGUACGUGGCUUAGUCCUGCUGCCUUAGAGCUUCACCAGAUUACAUGGGAUGAUCCUGCUUCUUUGCUGGAAAAAAUAGUUGCUUAUGAAGCUGUGCACCCUAUUAGCAACCUUCUAGAUCUUAAGAGAAGGCUGGGAAUUGGCCGUCGUUGCUUUGGAUAUUUACAUCCAGCAAUUCCUGGUGAACCCCUAAUUUUCAUUGAAGUUGCGCUACUGAAGAAUGUUGCUCAGACUAUACAGGAAGUUUUGUGGGAUAGUCCUCCCAUACCUGAAAGUGAGGCAACAUGUGCAUUGUUCUACUCUAUAUCAUCAACUCAGCCUGGCUUAGCAGGGAUCAACUUAGGAAAAUUUCUUAUAAAACGUGUUGUAAAACUGGUGAAAAGGGAGAUGCUACAUAUUUCUACCUUUGCAACUCUCAGUCCCAUCCCUGGAUUCAUGUCGUGGCUUAUAUCCAAGUUAGCAUCUCAAACAGCACUUGUUGAAGGAGUCAACUUGUCACAACCUCAAGCAGAGGGAUCCAGUUCCACUUUCUAUGAAAACAUACUUAAACCUGAAGAAGAAGAAACACUUAUGAGCUUACCUAAGGAUCUUGUCACUGGAAAAGAUGGAAUGGAAGUGAUGUUCAACUUGCUUACUUCAACAUCCUACAAGUGGAUCCAUUCACCAGAGCUUUUGUCAGCAUUGAAGCCCCCUUUGAUGCGUUUAUGUGCCAGAUACCUUCUGCAAGAGAAGAAAAGAGGAAAAGCUUUGGACUCUGUUGCAAAUUUUCACUUGCAAAAUGGAGCUAUGGUUGAAAGAAUAAACUGGAUGGCAGAUCGAUCAGAAAAAGGUCUUUCUCAAAGUGGAGGGAUCAUGGUGAACUAUGUCUAUAGGAUGGAGCACAUAGAAGAAUAUGCUCAUUCAUACUUCAGCAGUGGCGAAAUUCAUACCUCAAGUGAUCUUCAUCACUGUGUUGAGAGUGACAAGUAAUCGUGAAGUCUACUUGGUUGAAGUAUGAUGGAAGGUUUUAUUAAAACAAUGGGACAAAUGCAUUUAAGUCUAAAUAUGAGGCAGCUCAUUGCGUCUCUAAUCCAUUUAUUUGGUGAAAUAUGAUAGAAAACAGCUUGCUUAAUUGCCCUACUUUAUUUGGUCGUAAGAUGAUGGAGGGCUACUCUUGCACCAGAGGUACGUAGAAGAACAGCUAUAAGGAAUAGAUCAUGCUCGGUAAACCUCAAGCUAUACAGUGUAAUGUAAUAUAUGUCGUUACUAACUUACUAUACUGACAACAAACCCUAUCUCUUAGUGAAGAGUGGGCUACUUUCCGAAAUUCAAUCGUGUCAUUUGGAGUUCAUGAAGUGUAAACUGUCACAGAGGAAAUCAUUCCUCGAACAUUAAGGGUUGGAGGUAAUAUUUAUUGCUUGUUUCAUCCUUGGACCAGUGUUUUCAAUUUCAGAUGAUAGGAAAAUUAAUUACACUUGAAUCGGUCAAAGCUGUCUUCCGAAUCAGGCCUUAAAAACAGCAUCAGUAUUUGUCUGGGAAUAAGAUGUUUAAUACACGCUUGAAAUGGUCUUAUUUGUAGGUAGCAGGCAAUUCAGGUUCUCCAAGUAUCCCAAUAAGUCAGGGAGGGUUUAACUAUAUAUUCUAUUGAUUAUCAAUUUGUAUU